GCAGGACCGCAACACGGACAAAGGCUGCGACAAGUCUCUGCUUCCUCGCCAUGGCGGAGAACACGGCGCCGGCCGUCUGGGCGGGUGAGGACCAGCUGUCGGUGCUGGACCAGGGGGACUCUCUGCUGAGCCAAGUCGCCGUCUCCAUGCCGUGUCUCCCCGUCGGCGGCGAACCCCCGGCCCUCGGCGGCGGCGGGAGCCCGGUCAGCGCGCGGCCUCCCCGCAGCAAAUCCAAAGGCGAGCUGGUGAUCGUCAUCAACGAGAAGCUGAGGAACAGCAACGGCGUCCACCAAGCGGCGGGCGCCGAGUGCGCGUCUCCGGUCGUCUGCUCCCCUCCCAGACGCCAGCACUCCAUCUCCUACCCGCAUCACAACAAGACCAGGAAGGGGAGCAGGGCGAGCUCCAUCGGCUACACCGCCUUCACGCCCAGGCCGUCCAUCUCCCGCCACUCCAGCAUCGCCACCAGCCCGCCCAUCGACCGGAGCAAGGUCAAAGACUACCUCCUCCUGUCGGUGCUGGCCUGCUUCUGCCCCGUCUGGCCCAUCAACAUCGUGGGAUUUGUCUACGCCGUCAUGUCCAAGAACAGCCUGGAGCAGGGGAACCUGGACGGCGCCGUGCGCCUGGGUCGCGUGGCCAAGAUGCUCUCCGUGGUGUCCCUGGUGGGGGGGACGCUCAUUAUCAUCGCCUGCAUCGUCAACCUGGCCAUAAAUGUGAAAACCUGAGUUUCAUCCCAGGAUGAAACUGGAUGAGGCGACAGACCGUCCGGCCCCGCACCUGCGUCACCUGCAUCAUCACCAUCAUCAUCAUCAUCAUCAUCAUGGCCUAGUCAUUACCUGGAUGUGUGACAAGUAUGCACCCGAUAUACAGUGCUCACUUGUAUUUCUGUAAUCUAUAUAAAUCCCUUUUUGCUAAUGGAAGAAAUAUAAAAUAUGCAAAUGCUGCUUGCUCUGAGUCAAGCUGGACGGGGGGGGAUAGGAGGGGGGGGGUGUCUGAUAGAUGGAGAGGCGAGCAGACAGUCUAAUCAGCCCCUUCGUAUUCUGCUCGACGCACUCGGAACAAUUCUCCAGAAGGAGCUUUGCAUCGUCAAAAAGAAACCGGACUCAGACAAGGUUGGACUAGAGACUGUUGGGACGUGCAACAAAAUGUCUGCCCCCCCCCCCCCCCUCGUCCAUCCUUCACUGCGGCCAGCGACAGGACGCACCCCCGCUUCAGCCCACCGUUAAAUCCCCUUGGGACACACACACACACACACACACCCCCCAACACACACAGGCUCUGUGCUUUGUGCUUUCUGUGGAAUCAGCCGAUGGAGAAGCUGCCCAGCGUGUCUUCUCGUUCCCCCCCCCCCGUGGUCCUCCUGCAACCCGCGUCUCGUGUUCGAGGGGAAACGUGAGGGAGGAUGAAGAAGAGGAUUUAUCGAGGACCAGCCACCGCGUGCUAAAGUGGAAAGGGAUUAUGGGAGCGUCUCCCACGGAGGACGACGUGUGCCAAAUGAAGCCGUGGAGCCCGAGCUGCUCGCUCCGCACUGACUCCGACCAUCACACCGAGGAACGGCGUCGCUCUGCCCUGCUGCAGCUUCACUGCAUGUCCGCCGUCACCACUGAGCACUGUGAGCCGGGGACGGACACACACACACACACACACACACACACACACACACACACACACACACACACACACACACACACACACACACUCUGUAGCAGCAAAGCCUAUAAUCCAUCACCUUUUGAUAACGUUUGUUAAAGAUGGUUUGGUAACGCGACGCUCUUUACGCGCUGCGCUGCAUGUGGGAAUCAAUAUUUGGUUAACAAAUGAAAUCGCCUGUGAUUUGCAGGCAGAGCCGGCGGCUGAGGCCUCAGUUUUUAAACCAGGUCCAUUGUGGGUUUGUUUUUUUCUUCUUAAUUAUAAAUCCAUUUGCUUUUCUUUUUUUUUUUUUACCCAAAGUGGGCCUCUGUCUUUUGAAUUAGUCAAACACUGGUUAAAAAGGGUUUUAGAGGGAUGUGAGAUUUGAAAAGCAGAAUGUUGACACCUUCUUUUGACUUAUUAUCAUCAUCAGUUCUUAUGAUUCUAUAUUUCCUAUGUAUCCCUUAACUAACCUCCAAUCUUAAUCUACCUGUGAUUCUCACUGUGAUCUGAAACUGGCGGGUUUCAUGAACAAUGGAUGAAACCUUAUUUAUUACACUUUUAGAAGCAGAAAUCAUGUGCUCAGACCUGCAGGAAAUGUUCUGUAAUGAUUAAGUGUGUUACGUUUCCCUCGGUUAGCACUUAACGUGUGAACUCUAUUGUAAUAAUCGACAGUCGAUGUGUUCGUCAGAUUUAAAUCUCAAUAUUGUGAUGGUUCUGUAGUUAGCGUUGAGUAGAAACGGUCUAAAAGGGAAGCACAGAAACGGAGCGUCUUUGUGUUACCACCAGGCUUCUAUAAUAAUCUUUGUGGAUUUUUAAGAAUGUUUUGACGAUCGACGGGACGGAUUAUAACGAUCGACUGGCGUUUGGAAUAUUAUACUUCUGCAGCACAUUCUUAAUAAAGACAAAAUGCAUGCUA